GGCGUGACGUCAUAUCAACUCUCAGAUUCAAGAUGGCGGACAGUCACAGGUUCACUUCUGUGUAAAUAAAGUAUCAGGCUAAACGACGUCUAAGCUAUGAGCUGUUACAUGAUUGUGUGACUGUUUUUAGUGGAGAGUUAUCUGAAAAGUAACGUUAGUUGUAUUACAAGGGAUGACUGAGAAUGGCAAUAUAACUAAGCUGAGCUGAGGGAUGGAGAGUGACUGCAGGAUUCCCAUGUCAUGUUUAAGACCCAGAGUUCUGGUCCUGCACGCACUUUUCUGGGGAUUGGUCUCUCUCAGAGUGUUUGGGGCAGCACUUCUUGGUGAGGAGAAGACCACAGUAACAAAGGCGGUGACCAUGCCAUGCUGGCAGGUGGAAGAGUUUGUAGUUGCGAAAGAAUGCACUUUGUGUAGUGCUUUUCAAACGAAGACGCAAAUGGCCUGCAUCCAAACAGGAUACGUGGAGAGGAUUAACUGUACCAAGUCCAACAAAGAUGAGUACAAAAGCUGCCGCUCAGCAGUGAUGGAGGAGCACCUCUUUUGGAAAUUCGAGGGUGCCAUGUUAGGCCUUACUGUUGUCUUUGCACUAGUGGUGAUCGGCCGGCAGAGGUCUUUAGACCGCCAAGCCUCGGAAAAGGUUCGCAGGCAGAUUGAAUCUAUUUAGUACUCAGAACUGUAUUGAGAAGUAUUGUACAUGUGAUGAGAAGAUCUAAAGCGCUCCAGAGUUACAGUGAUCAUCAUUUUGUCAGUGUUCUAGCACUGCUGUAGUAGCCAGUUGAACUGGCCUGGGGUGUGUUCACUGGACACUUGUAGACAAAGCUUGUCAUAUCUGGAUGGAUGGACACAGUGUUUAUUGUUUUAACUUUGACAGCAGAUGUGGAUGGCAGAUUGCUGCUUCCAUGCAACAUCUUUUCACACAAGUUGCUCAUGAUAUUUUUCAGUGAACUUUUAACUGUGAAACCACCAGGAUUUAAUAAGGAAGUCAGCAUCUAAAUCAGCAGACAUUAUAAUAGAAAGGAUUAACAGUUUGCUUAUGUGUGAGAUUUGUACUUAAGAUUUUCUGUUCCCUAGCAGAUAAUGCACAGCUGAUACUACAUGUUCUCACUAACACUGUACUGAUCUUAUGUAAAAAGAGAGUUCAUUUUGAUAUUUGUUCCAAAUUAAAUUGUAUUGUGUUUAGAAUUCUGCUAAAUAUUAUUUGCCCUGACUGUCGUAUUGAGAUAUUUUAAUUACAGAAUGAAUCUGACCCUGCUUUACUGUGUGUUUUAAUAAGUGUGUUGCAAAUCAAAUUACAGGGAAUGUAAACAUGGACACAGGAAUCAGGUUUUUGUUUGUUUGUUUGUUUUAUUGUAAAAAAUGAUUAUUUUCACAUGCUUAUGUCCCAUAGGAACCUGAGAAAUGUUCUAGUUUGCUCUAGUUUUGCUGAUAAUGUAUAGACAUGAUCAGUAAAACUAGAGCAAACUUGCUCACAAAACAGUUUACAAAAGACUGCAUUUCAAUUUUCAGUUUAAAAUUUUGUGGUUUUGUUUCGGAUUCCAGUCCUUAUGAUUUUGGUUCUGAAACACUGCUUCUGUUUAACUAUAAGUGUUUGAUUAUUUUGUGCAUAGUUUUCAUUGUGUCUCAUCACCAGUUUGAGGUUUUAUUUAUGAAAUACAUGCCAGGCACUGCACAUAUUGCUGCUGACAUUUACUCCAUCUAAAACAUAACUAAACUCUAUUAUGUAGGUUAAUGUGCAUAGGUUACUUUUUAAAUGAGCUAAUUACUAAUUGUUGGAUAUGUCUAAUGUCCUUUUUUUCUGCACAAGCAGAAGCUACAGUCGCUGGUUUCAGGUACACAGCUGAUCUUUUACUACACCAUGCCCGUCUGGUCAUGUGUGUUCUCUGGCAAUGUAAAACUAGUUUGCAAAAGUUGAGUUUUAUUGAUUUCAUUGAUGCAAUGAAGAAAAGGCUGCAUGCUGUUUUCUCUUUAGCCAGUUUUACUGGUCCACCUGACUGUAGAUAAUGUAUUUUUAUGAAAGAUGUGAGACAUUUCCUAUUCUCUGUAUUUAAAAGGAGAACUGUGGAAUAAACCAAAUAGAAAGAA